UUUGGUCAGGUUUCAACACUAGGAUUCCCUGACGGGCUUUGCACGUGGCUGCGGCGUGUGCUCGGCGAUCCUGCAGUCCACUGGCAUGUUCGAGGAGCCGGAAUGGGCCGAGGCGGCCCCAGCAGCCGUGGGCCUCAGUCCCGCAACAAUAGAGACUCGGCCAGCGACUGCCCCGCCAGUCAAGGGCCGCAAGCGCCGCCAUCUCUUGGCCACAUUACGGGCUCUGGAAGCAGCAUCUCUUUCCCAGAAAUCCCCCAGCCCACCUGGCAGUGAUUCUGAGGAGGAGGAGGAGGUAGGAAGGAAGAAGAAGUACCUCCAAAAGCCCUCACUUGCCCACGCCUUGAAGGAAAGAAAAAGGAAAUGUCAAAAACAGGUACCAUCUGUCAGUGACUCUGAGAACAAGGAAAUAGAAAGGAAGUGCCAGAGACAAACUCUUCUUGGUGGGGUAUCUGCUGAAGAAAAAGGAAAGAGGAAGUGCCAGAAAUAUUCUCAUUCACACCCAACCCAGCACCUGAACAGUGUUGACCAUACAGCAGUUCACAAUGCUAUGACAAGUACUGCUACAGUUGACCCACCCAAGCCAAGCUCUGAGUCCACAUCCUGUAACUCCUCACAUACCCUGAGCCGCAGACAGUGGCGGAACCGGCAGAAGAAUAAGCGGAAGCACAAGAACAAGUUUCGGCCACUUCAGACACCAGACCAGGUUCCUCCCAUGGCUUCCACAGAGGAGCCUGAGGUGCCUCCUGCCCCACAGUCAGACAGUCAACAGACUAGAGCCGGGGCUCUGCGAGCACGCAUGACACAGCGGCUGGAUGGGGCCCGAUUUCGAUACCUUAAUGAACAGUUGUACUCAGGGCCCAGCAGUGCUGCCCAACGGCUCUUCCAGGAAGACCCCGAGGCUUUUCUCCUCUAUCACCGAGGCUUUCAGAAACAAGUGAAGAAGUGGCCACUGCACCCGGUGGAUCGUAUUGCCAAAGAUCUGCGACAGAAGCCUGCAUCCUUGGUGGUAGCUGACUUUGGCUGCGGAGAUUGCCGUCUGGCUUCAAGUAUUCGGAACCCUGUGCACUGUUUUGACUUGGCCUCUCUGGAUCCCAGGGUCACUGUAUGUGACAUGGCCCAGGUACCUCUGGAGGAUGAAUCUGUGGAUGUGGCUGUGUUUUGCCUUUCACUAAUGGGAACUAACAUUAGGGACUUCCUUGAGGAGGCAAAUCGAGUGCUAAAGCCGGGGGGUCUGCUCAAAGUAGCUGAAGUCAGCAGCCGCUUUGAGGACAUUAGGACCUUUUUGGGGGCUGUGACCAAACUUGGCUUUAAGGUCAUCUACAAGGACCUGACCAACAGCCACUUCUUCUUGUUUGACUUUGAAAAGACUGGGCCUCCUCGAGUAGGACCCAAAGCCCAACUCUCAGGCCUAAAACUUCAGCCCUGUCUCUACAAGCGCAGGUGACCAAAGGACACCUGUUAAAAGGGGAGGGCUCAGACUCCAAGCUCAAAACUCUGAAGACUGUGCCUACCCAAGCUAUGAGCCAGGAUGUGGUACCACCCUCCUGUACCAAGAACACUGGUAAAGCCUUCUGCUCAGCUCUCUAAUGGAGCCUUCUUGGCUACAAAAAGCAUGCUCAAAAAUGAGGAGUUUACUGUGAGGGCAUUGGUGUGUCUGGGAAUUGUGGGUCACUUCAGGUAUCAUGUAAACUAGUUGACUUGGAAUUGAUGGUUCUCUGGGUUUGGUUUUCUUCAUCUUUCAGAAGGCACAAGGGCACUCCACUGUGCCAUCUUCUGACUGUAUUGUCUAACAUCUGCCCAUCCAUAGUUUCUGCUCCUUCAGCUUCAGGACUAUAGACACACAGCUUUUGCCUCAUGGCAAGUCCCAAUGCUAGUUUGCCAGUUGGGGCUGGAGUUCUUUCUUGGAGCUGAGAAUCAUUUAAUUCUUUCUUUCCUUCUGUUGUUGCUUUGAGAUGUCAUCAUCUCACAGUAGUCCAGGCUGACCUUAAAUGGCAAUUCUCCUGAUUAUUGGGACUACAGGCAUGAGCCACUGUACCCAGGUCAAUCUCUUCAUUUCUGAAUAUUCCAUUUCUCAUUUGAAAAAUGUAAAAUUCUUGUGUUAUAGCAUGUUGUAUGGGUUAACCGAGGAAAGCUGCAGCAAGAGUUAGGAACAUAAGAGGCGCUGAAUAAAUCAGCUAUGGCUAUUGUUUGUCGUCGAUCUUACCAUUCUUUAAAGAUCACCCCUAAGCUGGCUUGGGGGUUGAGUAAAUAAUUUUGUUGUGACUGAGAAAGACUGGGAAAGUUUGGUAUAGGCAUGUGAUAAGCAUUUGCUAUUUAGAGGCUUACUGCAUUUGAAGCUUACCUUGGAAGCCGGUAAUGAAGAAGCCUGAUCUCUGUUCAUAAUCACCAACUGAGUGGGCUGUUCAUUGGCAGGAUCUGGACAUGGGACCUACCUUGCAUGUCAGGAAAGCUACAGGUAAGAACUAAAGUGCUAGGGAAGAUAAUUUAGGACAACAUGCUGAGCUCAUCCAGAAGGUAUCUGCCUUGGAUCCAGGUAUAAAGAUGCAGCCUCUUCUAUCCAGUCACAAAAACAAGACCUCACAGUUCCCUCUAGGUCUCAGGAUUUGGAACAUUAGAUGCCCCCAGGCCUAAAGGAAUAAAGAUUCUGAAAAACACACAGUCCAGAAGGCAUGUUUGGAGGCUGGGCUAUGAGGCCAACCUUAGCAGACACCGUACAAUAUUUGUGUGUAAUGUUGUUGCUGAGCGCGCAUCUCACUAUCAAAGUUUACUCAUCUUCACAAAUAGCUUAGCAGUUUCUUAAAGUCCCUUCCCCAGAAGUACCUGUAUUCUCAACAUACUGUAUGUAAAAUGUUUCCUUAGUGUGCAAGUACUGUGUUAUAGAUGAUUUAUACUGCAGCCUUCUCAAACCAUA